UGCAGGUGAACACAAUCGAAGCAACAGAUUGGCCCAUCUAUGUUACAUCGUAUCUCGAAAAUGGUCAAUCAACAACAGAUGACGAACUAUCGGAUGAAGUUAAACAAAAAAUUCAACAAGAAUCACACAUGUUUAUUAUAGAUCCAAGUAAUGACAUACUACGAAGAAAAUUAGAUGAUGGAACUACAGUUCCGUUUGUUCCAUUUAUUAAUCGAUCUGAUACCGUUCGAAAAACUCACGAAGCAUACGGACACAUAGCCACUGAAGGUACCUAUCAGUUGCUUCGCACUAGAGCCUGGUGGCCGAAUAUGAAACAAGAUAUCAAAAAGUGGAUAUCAAUGUGUCAGAAAUGCCAAUUGUCAACAGCAACAUCGGGUAAUCAUGAAGAAUUACAUCCGUUAACACCUGUACUGGCCUUUAAUCGUUGGUCGUUGGAUUUUGUCGAUCAUGCAACAAAAUGGCCCGUGGUUAAAGUCGUACCAACUGCAACAACACAAACAGUAGCAAAAUUUCUACAUGAUGAGAUAAUGAUGAAUUAUGGGUGCCCCUCCGAAUUACUAACAGAUCGUGGUCCGAGUACCAUGUCUCGGGAACUUCGUGCGUAUUUACAAACAAUGGGCACAAAGCAUCUGCUAACGUCCGGCUACCAUCCACAGACAAAUGGUACUGUUGAGAGGUUUAAUAGAACAUUUAUGAGCAUGUUAAGAAAAUAUAUCCAAGGAAAAACAACGAAAUGGGAUGAAUUCGUUGAUCAAGCUCUAUUUGCAUGCCGGGUACGUGUUCAUCAGUCAACAGGUAUAACACCGUUCUUUAUGGUGUAUGAUGUUGAACCUAAGAUUCUUGGAGAUGCAUUAACGCCAAUACUUCAUGAUCUUGGAAACACAAUGAUUAAUACAACUAGCCGUCUUAACCAAUCUAUACACUAUCUACACACUAAAGAUCCACUAUAA